CUCAGCUAUCAAAAGAAGAAAAUGAAUUUUAAUUCAUCAAGAAUUCAUCCAUAGAAUAUGUAUGUUGAAAAUAUGUAUUAUUUGAAAUCAUUUUAUAUUAUUUUAAGUCUUUCGUUUAGUUUAGAACUAUUAAGAGCACAAAACCUCAAUAUGACCACUAAGACGCGUCUAAAUGAAAGUAAGGAGCUGCUAGCGAAUGACGAACAAAUUACUCGACGAGUGGUAAAUGGAGUUGAAGCCAGGCUCGGGCAGGUACCAUUCUAUGUGGCACUCAAGACAAGAACGUGGUUGCGCGGGGUGUUCUACUACUAUACAUUCUGUGGGGGCACCCUCGUGGCUCCAGCCAAGAUUAUCACGGCGGCGCACUGCUUCACCACGAGUCAACGCAUUUGCGAAUACCAGAGUGUUACGGCAGUGUCUUUAAGUGAUAAGUUUGCCGUAAUGGGCCACUUGACUAACUUAGUUAAGUACUCCCCUAAAAUGAAGAACAAAGGACAAUGGCGAGAACUUAAAAAUUUUACCUAUCAUUCGAGUUAUCAAUUUCCAUUCAACGACGUUGCAAUUUUGUUUACAACAAAACCGUUUGAAUUAAAUCAGCACGUGAACAUAAUCAACUAUGCACGGAGGCACAAGGAAUACACUGGGCACUGCACUGUUGCUGGAAUGGGAAUAACUGAACAUAAGACGCUAUCACAAAAAUUGCUAAUUGCCCCGGUGGAGGUCAUCGGCACAAACGAUUGUAAAAAGUGGAUGAGCAGGGCUGGGAGGAGUCGUAAUUAUGAACAAAAAAACAUUCACAAAUUGAUAUGCAGCACGACAUACAAAACGGGUAUUGGCAAGGGUGACUCCGGAGGACCGUUGUUUUGCAGCCACACCGGAGAAGAAGGAGAAUCAUCAUUUGGCAUCCUAGUAGGAAUUGUAUCAGGUUUCAGUUUGAAUUUAGGAAAAGAUAAUAUUGCAUUUUUCGCAAAGACCUCACAUUAUAAAGAUUAUAUAGAUAGAAACGUAGCGAGACCAAUGAUGCAACACACAUUUUACUCAAUUCAUAUUGUUACGAGUAUCGGUACCUUGAUAUUCAGACAAUGUUUUCUGUAG